AUGAAAAAGAGUGAAAUAAUACGUUUAAUUGAGGAGAGUGAUGUGUACAAAAAUGACAACGAAGUUGUUAAAGAUGCUGUAGAUCAAAUAAUAGGGAACAGAAACCAAAAAUCCGAUCAGGAUAGUGAAAUAGAACUAGAGCGUCUUAGAUUAGAGAGAGCUAAAAUAGAAUUACAAUUAGCGCAAUUAAGGGCUACUGAAAAUAGUACUCAGACUUCCGUUAAUGUAGAGAGUAAAACCGAACCAGAAGAGUCUCUGGAUAGCUUAUUAAAGUCUGACUCUGUAUUUGGGUAUAUUGUAGGAGGAAGCGUUUCGAGUUCAGUUAAAUUUAAUUCUAACUAUUGCGGUUUAAUAUGUGGAGCAGAAGAAUUAAAUUCAAACUUGAGAAAAUUUUGGGAGAUUGAGGAAAUGGGUAAUGAAUUACCUAAAAGUAAAGAGAAUGCUAUUUGUGAGGAGCAUUAUGCGCGAAUUGAGGAAAUGGGUAAUGAAUUACCUAAAAGUAAAGAGAAUGCUAUUUGUGAGGAGCAUUAUGCGCGAACACAUAGAAGAGAUGGGACAGGAAAAUAUACUGUGGCGAUGCCAUUUAAAGAGCAUUGGUCAUGUCUAGGGAAUUCAAGAGAUAUUGCUCUGAAACGACUCGAAUCGCUGUGGACUCGCCUGUCUAGAGACCAAAAAUAUCUGAAACUGUAUUCUGAUUUUCUGAAGGAGUAUGAGGAGUUAGGCCACAUGAGCGAGAUACAAGAUGAAAGUGUUGAACCUGAAGUGACAUAUUAUAUGCCUCAUCAUGGCAUCUAUAGGCCUCAAAAAACGACGACUAAACUACGUACUGUGUUUAAUGCGUCCACCUUGACUAGUAGUGGAAAAUCGCUCAACUCAAUUCAGUAUAACGGCGGAGUGAUUCAAGACGAUCUAUUUACAUUGCUAAUUAGAUUCAGAAAACAUAUAUUUGCAUUUACUGCAGAUAUUCGUCAGAUGUAUCGUAUGAUCAAUAUAGAUGAGAGUCAAAGAAAUCUACAAAGAAUUUUAUGGAAAGAGGGAGCUAAUGAGUCCGUUAAAACGUAUCAGCUAAAUACGGUUACCUACGGAACGGUUAGUGCUCCAUAUCUAGCCAUGAGAACACUUAAGCAAAUUUCCAUUGACGAGGUAAAAAACUUUCCAAGUGCUGCAUCAGUCUUGUGCCAUGAUUUUUAUAUGGACGAUGUUUUAAGUGGAGCGAGUACAUUGGAAGAGACAAAAACUUUGCAACAUGAACUUGUUGGCAUUCUAAAAACUGCCCAGAUGUCAUUACACAAGUGGUGUGGAAAUACGUCCGAGCUUAUUCCUGCUACUGAGAAAGAGUAUGAGCUCUCAUCUACAGAUGAAAUUAAGACUUUAGGGAUUGCCUGGAAGGCUAAAACUGACUGCUUUACCUUUAAAGUAGAUUUACAGCAUAAUGCCCAUCCUACCAAAAGGUCGGUCUUAUCCCUUAUCGCCCGACUUUUUGAUCCACUUGGGUUACUUGGGCCAGUGAUCACGAAGGCAAAAAUAUUCAUGCAACAAUUGUGGUUGCUCAAGAUCGAUUGGGGUGAAAUGCUUCCCGAGAAAGAAGCUAGUGAAUGGCAAGAGUUUGUAACAUCUUUAAGAAACUUAAAUGACAUUAACAUAGAAAGAUGUAUUGUCAUUCCAAACGCGGAAGUGAAUGAGCUUCAUGGAUUCUGUGACGCGUCUGAAAAGGCAUAUGGCGCUGCAAUCUACGCCAGAACAGUCGAUUCAGCGUGUGAAGUGAAAGUGAAGCUAAUCGCGAGUAAAUCUCGUGUGUCACCAAUCAAGCAGGUAACUAUACCUCGUUUAGAAUUAUGCAGUGCCGUUCUGCUCACCAAAUUGAUGCAGAAGGUAAAAAAUGCAUUAAAAAUGGAUAUUACGCCAGUAUCGUAUUAUUCGGACUCUACAAUCGUGCUUUCGUGGAUGAGAAAAGAGUCACGAGACUUAAAAACAUUUGUUGCGAACAGAGUGGCUACUAUUCAAGAAUCCACAGAAAUGAAUCAGUGGCAUCACGUUCCUUCCGAACAAAAUCCCGCUGACGUCAUUUCAAGAGGACUUGAUCCAACGAGAAUGCAACAAAGUGACUUAUGGUGGUUUGGUCCAACCUUUCUCCAAGAACUGGUUGUGAACUUUCCUGGUGAUUGCGACGACAUCCACGAUUCAUUGGACAGUUCUGUGCAGAACAGGGAUGUUUCUUCUGAGAAACUUUAUUUAGCAGAACUCAAAAAUCCGACUAAUUUCUGUUUAAUUUCAGCUGUGGACUCAUCAUUUUUAGAUAAUAUACUUAGUCCUUUAACCACCAAGGAACUGCAGGUGGCCAAGUUAACUUUAGUCAAACUUGUUCAGCUAGCUGCCUUUAAUUGUGAAAUAAAAGCCCUCAAAAAAGGUGAAAAUGUUAAUAAGAGUGAGGCAAUCCACUUGGAAAUAGUCACUGACUUAACUGCAGAGGCAAUGAUUGCCACUUUAAAGCGCUUUUUUAGCAGAAGAGGUGUUAGUUCCUCUAUCUGUUCUGAUAAUGCAACUAAUUUCAAAGGGGCCAAUUCAGAUUUGAAACGUUUGCAAAAUAUGAUUGGUAGACCCCCAGAGCCAUUAGCUAAUUACUUAACAACUGAACAAGUGACAUGGAAAUUUAUUCCACCAAGGUCACCUAACUUCGGUGGCUUAUGGGAGGCGGGUGUUAAAUCUUUCAAACACUAUUUAAAGAGAGUUGUUGGUAAUGCGCGUUUAACAAUGGAACAGUUUUUGACUAUUGUUAUUCAAAUUGAAGUUCAUACCAAAUCAGAAGCUGAUGCUACUGAUGCACCGUGA